CGUAACUCAUAGGUGGAUCGGUUAAAUCACAUGCACGAUCAAAAUCAAAACAAUGUGCCUUUCCAAGCACACACAUACACACGAGACGGUGAAAUCGGUUCCAAAGUACACUGAUAAAAGCGAACCAUAUGAUACCGGACGUCAAGCGUGUGUUGCUCAAAAGUUGCUCGAUCGUGAAGAAACGUGAACAUAUCUUAAGACAAAUAAACGUGCGUGAUUUUAAACGUGUUUUCCCUCCAAAAGUAACGCACAAACCAGCGCUAUGGCCAGUGGAAAGUUGUUCCGUGCCAUAAUUAUGGGAGCCCCCGGAUCGGGCAAGGGGACCGUUUCUGGCCGCAUCGUGAAAGCGUUCAGCCUGAAGCACAUCAGCAGUGGCGAUUUGCUUCGAGCAAACAUCGAAAAGCGCACGGAACUGGGCCUGAUCGCGGACAAGUACAUCCGGGAAGGCAAACUGGUGCCGGACAUUUACAUAACGAAGUGCAUCCUGAGCGAGCUCGAACAAAUACGCUCCCACUCGUGGCUGUUGGACGGUUUCCCCCGUACGCGCGAACAGGCGGACGAUCUGUGGAAUCAGGAGCGCAUCGAUUCGGUAAUCAAUUUGGACGUGCCGUUUGAGGUGAUCAUCGAACGUAUCCAGAGCCGCUGGGUGCAUCUGCCUAGCGGCCGGGUGUACAAUGUCGGGUUUAACGAUCCGAAGACACCGGGCCGGGACGAUGUUACCGGCGAGCCGCUAAGCCAACGGCCGGACGAUACUCCGACGGCGGUGCGGAAGCGGCUCGAGGUGUACGACGCGUGCACGCGACCCAUCAACGAGUACUUCGACAAGAAGGGCGUUCUGGUGACGUUUAAGGGUAGCACAACGGACGAAAUUUGGCCACAUGUGAGGAAAUAUCUUGAAGCAAAGAUACAGUGAAAAGUGUUCAUCUACAAUACAAACAUACAAAA